GCAGAGGCUCCGCCUUACUCCGCCAAUGCGCACGCGCGCUUCCUGCCUUCUCUGAGGGACGGGGGAAGAAAAACCGUUUCGGGAGUGGGCGGUUUUGUGAGUGCGCGCGCGUGUGUUUCAAGCCAAGGCAGCGCGCAUGCGCGAGCGGUUACGAGGCUUUGCCUCAGAACCUCCGCGCCGAGAGGGGAGUCUUUGCGUCGCCGAAGGAAGAAGUCGAACAGACCGACGGAAGGCGGGCGCGGGAGGAGGAGGAGGAGGAGCCGCUGCCUUGCCUGCCCGUCCGCCCGCGGCCUUCGGAAGGACUUGGCCGAAGUGGGCACCUGAGGCCCAAGCCUUGGAAUGAGGCGGCGGAGGCGGAGGCGGAGGCGGCUGCUGUGAGGGGAGGAAAAGGAAGGAAGCGGCGCGGAGGGGAAAGACGGAGCGAAAGAAGAGCGGGCGGCGGGGGGCGACCGGCUGACGGCGCCCACAUCCCCAGAGGCGCUUCCCCCGCCCCCUCCCCAACCGGCCGCCAAGAUGGGUGAGGGAACUCGGCCGGUGGCCGUUGUGAGGGGAGUUGCGGGCGUCAGGCCGACGACGUAUUGACGUCAGGGCGGCGUUGGGGGGGGGGGAGUCGUCAAGGAAGCCCUGGUGGAGGGGGCUGCCUUUAAUAGGGAUGGGGGGGAUGUGAGGGGUUAAAUAUGCUUUGCUGAGGGUGCGCGCGCUUUCCUGUUGAGGGCAGCUCGGGGGGAGGUAAUACCGUGGGAGGAAGUCGGUCAAACUCGAGUAAUAAUAAUAAUAAUAAUAAUAUUUAUACCCCGCCCAUCUGGCUGGGUUUCCCCAGCCACUCUGGGCGGCUUCCAACAAAACACUAAAAUACAAUAACCCAUUAAACAUUAAAAGCUUCCCUAAACAGGGCUGCCUUCAGAUGUCUUCUAAAAGUUUGGUAAUUAUUUUUCUCUUUGACACCUGGUGGGAGGGCGUUCCACAGGGCGGGUGCCACUACCGAGAAGGCCCUCUGCCUGGUUCCCUGUAACUUGACUUCUCACAGUGAGGGAACCGCCAGAAGGCCCUCGGUGCUGGACCUCAGUGUCCGGGCAGAACGAUGGAGGUGGAGAUGCUCCUUCAGGUAUACUGGACCGAGACCGUUUAGGGCUUACAGGUCAGCACCAACACUUUGAAUUGUUCUCGGAAACAUACUGGGAGCCAGUGUAGGUCUUUCAAGACCGGUGUUUCAAGACUCGGCGGCCGCUCCCAGUCACCAGUUUAGCUGCCACAUUCUGGAUUAGUUAUAGUUUCUGGGUCACCUUCAAAGGUAGCCCCACAUAGAGCGCAUUGCAGUAGUCCAAGCGAGAGAUAACUAGAGCAUGCACCACUCUGGUGAGACAGUCUGCGGGCAGGUAGGGUCUCAGCCUGCGUACCAGAUGGAGCUGAUAAACAGCUGUCCUGGACACAGAAUUGACCUGCGCCUCCAUGGACAGCUGUGAGUCUAGAAUGACUUCCAGGCUGCGCACCUGGUCCUUCAGGGGCACAGUUACCCCAUUCAGGACCAGGGAGUCCUCUACACCCGCCCGUCUCCUGUCCCCCCAAAACAGUACUUCUGUCUUGUCAGGAUUCAACCUCAAUCUGUUAGCCGCCAUCCAUCAUCUCUAGAUGAGUAGCAUCAACUCCAGAGUAGCAAGAAGGACGGGCACAGUUUGUUUGGUUUUCCCUGGUGGGACGAGGGGAAUCGUAGAGUGGGAAGUGAUCCCAAGGGUCAUCUAGUCCAACCCCCUUGCAAAGCAGGCAUCCUGCCCGCAGCCGUCCCUGAGUGGGCUCGAACCACCAACCUUACAGCCAGAGGCACUGACCUUAUAUUUAGCACUGCUAUUUGGCGAGGUCUGGUUGUGUUAAUGGCCGCAUGAUACGGGGUUAAACUGUCGCUAGAACAGCAGUGGGGGGACGGGACCUGUGGCUCUCCCGAUGUUGGAGGGCAACAGGUGAUCUCCAUCCUUGAACUAGCUAAACUUUUGGUUUGCAAGCACCCUUUGUUGAAAUGCUUUGAGGAGACAAUCACAGGGCAAAAGUAUAAUAGUGUUCUCUUUUCUCUGUUUGUCCUGGCAAGGAUCGGGUAGCUUAGUAUGUCUUGUUAUGUUUUUGCUGUUUUAUUUAUUUAUUCAUUAUUUCACUUUAUUUGUUUCGUAAAAUCUACACACCACUUGAUUGUAAGGAGAAGGAACCUCAAGGAGAUGAAACAAUAAAUUUGAGAAAAAUCUAGACAGUACUUUUAAAAUGUUGGUAGCUCAGUAGGUCUUGAGUUCUGAAGAGGUUGCAGAUGUGCUGUUCAUUUUGUUACAGGAGUUGCCUAAGGCAUAUAACACUUUCAGUCAGUUUGGGGUGGCUUGCAGAAUGGACAAAAUUUGAAUUUUGGUCUUGCAAAAAUCAUGUAUGUAUUAACCUCCCUAUGCUACAGUUUGAAACACACUAAAUGUGUUUGUGUGAAUGAGAGAGAGGAGAUUGUGUUUGAACAAGUACUCCAAAGGCUCUAGUCCACUUUGUUCACAUUUUAGGUGAAGUUGUAUAUGAUUAAAGGAGGUGAUAGCACAAAAGUUAUUUAUUUUUGUUCCUUUGUAGAUGAAUAGUCUGAAAGUUAUACUUUUAAGUGAGAUACUCCUCAGAGGUUGGCAUAAUGUAAUUUGUUGUGGUUCGUGUGAAUUAGCUGAAUUCUGAGCUUUGGCUGUUUUGCAUACUACCUGUCCUGAAAAUAUUAAAAUAUGCAAACUGAAUCUGUUGGCUAAUGCUACAGUGACCCAAAAGUGGGAUGCACUCUGAACCCAAAGAGGAAUGAACUGGUGGGAGUUAUGUGCUAUGGGAAAGUGACACAUGCUCUCUGUUUUAAAAUCUAGGGAACCUUCAGAAAAUCAGUUCUUUGUGAUAUGAGGAAGCAUGCAUUUUCCAACAAAGUUGGCAUUGCCCUAAAAUUACUUCAUCAAGUAUAAUACAAGGUGUUUGUUCAGAUUCAGCCACAGGUUAUAGAUGACACCACCACUACUUGAAAAAUACAUUGAAGAUAAUAAAUCAUGUAGUGUUGGUCCUGUGCCUAUUAGCUGGGCAUAGAAAUAGAUCUACUCACUGAUAAGAAGUGUGUAGAAAAGUGGAAGCUCACCUAAAAUACAGUAUGAAGAGGACUUACCAUGAUUUUUAGUGUGUGAGUAAAUCUGUAAUCAAGUACUUUUGUCAACUGAAGGGAUUUUAAAAUCUACAGUGAAUAUGCCUUCAAUAUGGAAAACCUGAAUUAAGAUCAUUCAGAGCUCCUGUGAUGACACCUGGUUAUAUUGGUGCCUUGAUCAUUUGGAGCUUGCAUGUUGGGCUUUCCUUGCAAACAUUCAACUAAUGCAAAAUUUUGUGUCUGCAUAGUUGGAGACAAAAACCUGAUCUAGGUUAUGGAUGUAGUUACAUUUUCAUAGCUGUUAGGUGGUUUUGCAAUAUUUUAAUUUAAGAGGCAAACUAUUGUGCUUAUUUGGGAAACAGUUGGGCAUAGAUGUGGGCUUUUUGUUCAGUUCAUAAACUGUGUGGUCUUGUAGGUGCUACUUAGUCUUUCUGUUAAUCAUCUUAAAUAAAACAAUAAAUAAAUAAGGAUGCAAGGGAGGGCCUUGCUAAAUUGAGACCAAAGGUUCAUUCUACCUCCCAUAGAGUGCAACAGAACUUCAGUUAGUCGGUAAAUUUAUAUCCUGCCCUUCAAAAAAAAGUGCAGGGCAGCUUACAAAACUCCAAACUAAUGUAACAGCAUACAAAAUUAUAGCAAGGGGGAAAAACAGUAGAGAAGAAGUAGAAAACCAGAUCAAAUUGCAAGCUGAAGGGUGUAUGUGUGUUAAAAAACAACAAAUGGGAAGAUAAAGGGCUUCAGUUGGUUCACCUGUUGUGCCUGUUCCUGGACAGGGAUAGCCUAGCCCAGGGGUCAGCAAACUUUUUCAGCAGGGGGCCAGUCCACUGUCCCUCAGACCUUGUGGGGGGCCGGACUAUAUUUGGGGGGGGGGGUGAACGAAUUCCUAUGCCCCACAAAUAACCCAGAGGUGCAUUUUAAAUAAAAGCACACAUUCUACUCAUAUAAAAACACCAGGCAGGCCCCACAAACAACCCAGAGAUGCAUUUUAAAUAAAAGGGCACAUUCUACUCAUGUAAAAACACGCUGGUUCCUGGACCGUCUGCGGGCCAGAUUUAGAAAGCGAUUGGGCCGGAUCUAGGCCCCGGGCCUUAGUUUGCCUACCCAUGGCCUAGCCACAGUGAUCUGGUAACUUCAUGCUUGAUGUAUAUUACAAGUUGAAUCUAUGUAUAUUUACUUAGAAAUGGACACCAUUGAGUUUAUUCUCAAGUAUUGGAAUCAAAAUAUGGAGUUGGAAACUGUUAGAAGUUAGGCUGUGUUCUAUAAUUGGAAUACUGCAGUUUUCUCCCAUUCAUGCUCCCCCUUUGAACAGAGAGAGACUUUUACUCAGUUUUUUUUAUUAAAAAAAACCAACCCCAACAUAAAACCUUCUAGGUUUAUGGAAGGGGUAAUCAACUCUGACAGGCCAUAUGCAUUUUUUAUGUUGACAGAUUUUGGAUUUUUGCACUGUGGGCUGUAUACAACAAAGCUGCUCAGUUAGUACAAAGAUUCCCACCUUUGCAACAGGACUUUUCUACCCAUGCACUGUGGGGGGGGGGGUUCCCCUCUAGAGCAGAUUUGGAGGGGAUGCAAGGAGAGUAAGUCCUUGCACUAAUGAGAUAACUUCAUUGGAUACAACCAUAUCUAUUAAUAAGAAAGUGGCAUCUGUAUAUUAUAAUUGAAUGUUGUAUUGGAUCAUUUCUCAUGCAUGCUGUUGAAUGAGGAAACAAAUAAUCAUUCUGAGUUCUUCAUGAAGAAGCCUAGAUGCCAAAAAAUCUGGCUUCAUUAUGAAUUCCAGUUAAAAGUAAAUAAAACCCAGUUUAGCUUUUCUCAACCCCAAAUGAUUGAUAUGAUUGAGAGUUCAGUGACCCCAUUUAGGGGGGGAAUGGCUUGGAAGAAGAUGGUGGAAAGUGACUUUUUAGGCCAUUCUCCUCUCCAACAGCCCUAUUAGCCCCUUAUAAAGAAAAUCUUUAAUAAAAACAAUUUAACAAAACCUUUCCUGAGAGCUGUGGUAUCCUCCUGAAUUUGGUGGUCUGUUGCAUAGGGUUGAAGAAGGAAAGGGGAUCACCUCAAAUUGGUGGGAGGCACCUUCCAUGAACAGAGUACCCAAGAAUGUUAUUUGGUCAUUGACAAUGCUAUAGACAUAGCAAAAAAGAGUAAUAAAAAAAGCUUAAAUAAUACAGCACAUGGUUGGAGUACUCAUUCAUGCAAGUAAAACACAUCAGUGUUCCAAUCAUAAAGUUGCUGAAAUAGAAAGAUAUUUCCAUGGCAACCAUUUUGCUUACCUUCUCUGAAGAAAGCAGGAGGGCCAAACUAAUUUUCCCCAAAGGUGACUAAUGUUCAAAAGACUACAACUUAAUUCCAAUAUAUAAUUUUUUUAUAUAACUAUUUGUGAAGAAAAUCAUGAUAAAAUAGAUGGAAACCUCUCAGCCAAAGUAUUCAACAUUGGCCUAGAGAGAAAUGUAGAAAAUACGCUCAGUAUGCAGAACUUAUUUCUACAGCCUUAAGUAGACAAACUGCAUUCCCAGUGCUGAAAUUUAGAAAUAACUUUUAGAUCUUGAAAAAAAUACCUACAAACAUAGUUAAAUUACAGGAAGUAAAGUGAGUCAAGCGCUAAAUUGUAUUUUCUUGCCUGUUAACAACCCUAAAUACAAAGUUACUUGUCUAGCUAUGACAGGCGUCAGUUUGUAUUUCAACAGCUGAGUUUCCUCUUUCAACAUUUCAGUCAUUUUCAGGGAUUUCCAUGAUAUCAUUUCUUUAUAAACUACUUGCAGCCUCAUACUUGGUGUUGCUUUGAAAUUAUAAGAAAACAAAACAUCAGUGGAAUUUACAACCAGUGCAGUUUGAAAGUUUCAGUCCACCAUUUUGAUUCAGAAUGGUGCCAAACAUCGAUGAAAACCUGCUUCUUGAUCUCAGAAACCAUCUUAAGGAUAUCUUACACGGUCCAAAAGCAUAGUAGAUAAACAACUUUCCAAAAUAUAUAGUAGAUCUGGCUAUCUUCCAUUUUAGACUGAGUUGUUGAAUCCAUUAACAUUAAGAUAAAUGAUAUUAAGCUAUAGUCACAAAAAUUAGCAAACAGGAUUUUUAAUUACCUUUAUUAGCUUUACAGUUAAUCCUAUAAUUGAUUUAGAUUUAUAAUUAUUCCAAGAUCCAAAGGUAGAUUCCAGUAGAUUUCUCAGUUUUCCUCUAAUGUCUCACCCUCCUUCAGUAUUACAUUUUUAACAGUCUAUUUCUGCCAGUAAAUUGGAACUGAGUGCACUUUAUGUAAUGGCUUAAAUGUUUAAAAACAUAGUAUACAUUGCAAGGUCAGAAACAUUUAUUUCCAUGGAUAAAGCCAAGUUUGGAAACAUGGGUUUGAGAAUGUCAUUCUUUAUUACAUAAAAGGGGUCAGCAGCACCUCAAAUGCAUUCCUUUUUCUGCAAGAAAGAAAUUUAACGUUCCACUACAGUGUUGAGAUUCAGGUCACAAUCAUAAGCACACUGACUGCAAAAUAAGUUCCUUGAGAUAGUAGAUAUUCUAAGGUUUGUGCAGUUACUCAUCUACUUUUCCAAUCUUUUUAACUUACAGUCUACAGUAAUACCUCUUGUUACGAACCAUCCUUCUUGUGAACGGUUCAGGUAACGAGCUCCGCUAACCCAGAAGUAGGUGCUCCUGGAAGCAAAUUUUGCCCCAGGAUGCGAGUGGAAGUUGCACGCCAGAGGCCCGGGCCAUGUUAAGAAUGGUUUCAGGAUAAGAAUGGACCUCCGGAACGAAUUAAGUUUGUAACCGGAGGUACCACUGUAUAAAGAUUAGUCUAUUAUAGAGCAACAGCUUGUUUACAAAUAGCACAGUAUGAUUUUAAAGAAAUAGUGCUUGUUGUCAUGAAUGUGAUUCACUUUCACAUAAAGAUGUGACAGUUGUUUGACAUAGUUGAGUAGUGCUAGCUCUAUUUGGUUUAUGUCAUUUAGCUUCUCACUUAAAUAGGAUUUGUGAUGAUGAUGAAGGUGAUUUAUUAAAUUUAUAUACUGCCCUUCAUCUGAAGAUUUCAGAGUGGUUCACAAAAUAAUCAGGCAGUUCACAAGAUAAAGAUCCCAUCCCAUAAGCAUUUACACUUCAAAUAACAACAUAAAAGCUUGUCCCUACUUUGCUAUAUCAUGGAAUAAGCCCAAUUGAAAACUGGGAACUUGCAUCUGUAUAAGCAUGAAUUGGAGCAUAGAGUUAAUGUAUCUGUGGAUUUUAUUCAUUUCAGACUAUAUCUGUCUAUUUUGUAGGAGGUUCCCAGGUGCCUUAAAGCUUGACUUUUCUGUGUCAGAAUUCUUGUAAGACAAAUAAAUGAAUAUUGCUCAGUUUUCCUUUCUUGCACAAGCAUAUUGGUCUGCAGGCUUCCGGUAUUUACAAAAGUUCUGGAAGUGUUUCUACUCUUGUUAGUUUAUAGUUUUGUUAGUUUGCAUCCUUGUUGAAGAAGAAACGUUGAGUUCUAAAUGUUAACCAAAAUAAACAUUUGACACAACACAGUAGCUUUCCUUGUAUGUACCAGUUCCUUUUUAUCAAUGAUAUAAAGUGGAGUGUGGAUUUUAAAACAUGAAAAGCAUUUCCUGAACAACAUCAUUCCAGCACAAAGCUUAACUGUUUCUCCCAGACCUACUGGAGACCUUGCAAAAUUCUGCCUCUCUACACUGUUCAACAACUGCCAAACCUUCAUUUAUAGUCAUUUCUGCAUUAUCUGUUCAUUGUCACAAACAUGAAAAUGAUUCCAUGACAUUUGUCAGGUUACAUGUAAUAUUUCCCUAAUGACUUACUAGAGAAAGCAAACAAAACUUCCUUGGAAGGUAUACUUUGACUUCUAUGCAGGCCUUAAUUAUAGCUGUACAUGAAACAGAGGAGUGGACAAGUAUAGCUUUGCAUGGGUCAGAAAGUUAAUAUUGUAGACCAGCAAUUAUAAGGAAAGCACGAAGAAGCAUUUGUGUCCAUCAUUGUCUUAACAAGAUGCUGUUUUAAAUGUUCCUUCCCCCACCCCAGAAAGUCAGUUCAGCCAUAUUACCUUGUGUUCUAGGUUUCUUGAAAUACUUAGCUUUUUUGUAAAAAAUGAUUUUUUGCAUUGGAGUGCAAAGUUUAUGUUGGCCAUGUAGGAGGCGGGUGGCAGAGGAGCAUAAGAUUAAUAUACAGUAUAGAGCAGAGGUCGGCAACCUAAGGCCCGUGGGCCGGAAGCAGCCCAUGAGGGUCGCUUAACCAGCCCAUGAGCUGCCCCCGAACCAAACCGCCCGCUCGGCGAAUCCCCAUGCGUCUGUGCAUGUCCGCGGCGCCGGAAAUCGCUUCUUCGCAUGCCCAGAUGCUGAAAAUAGCAAAGAAAUUCACUUUAAAAAUACAAAAUCCUGUAGUUUGGUCAUGUCAGUUUCUAAUAGUAUAUUGAUGGGAACAUUCAGGUCCUUUGUAUAGUAGAAAAUUGCUUUACUGACAAAACCGUGUAUGAUGAAAUGCAUUUUACUUCAUAGAUAAUGGAUUUUUUUGCAGUAUAGAAGCUCAGAAAUCUAAUUUGUUCUCUGUCUGUGAUCUAAAGCUAAUCUGGCUGAAAGUACAUUACAGGUUCCAAUUCAUUGAGGUCAUAUGAGCAAGAGUAGACAUGGAGAACAACUUCAAAUGCAGAUGCUUUAGUUUGCCUUGAAGACACAAACACAACGGUAAACACCCCAAAACCCUGUGGUAAAUAAUCUUCCCAGGAGACUGGGAGUCCAUCUCCCAUGCUUUCUGGUGUGCUCUACUGACACAUCAUCUCCUGAAGGACUAGAGAGACCUGGAAGGCAUGAAGGUAGCUGGUUAGGCAUCUUCAUCUUCCACCUGAGAGAUAAAUCAAGGGAGCCAUUAGAGGUAAUAAGGAUUCCUUCAGAAAAUAUCAGUCUUGUUCAAAUGAGAACAAGAAGGAACACAAACUUAGCUAAAAGAAAUACAAGCUGACAGCAAGGAAUGAAGAAGAAAUUGAAGAGCACAUUCCUAAAAACAUUAAGCUCUCUGGGCUGUUGGACAGCUCCCCAGUCUAGUUGGUAACAGAAAAAUCAAAGCUACACAUGAGUGGUGGCAGGAAUGGGAUAACAUGAAAUUUGAUACUAGAUCCGUAACUAAUUGCAGAUUAAGCAAUUUGCUUUUUAACUGGAAUUCAGUUUGAGCCCUCCCUUUAUAACAAGUGGGUCUAGAAUUGCAGCCAUUGAGCAAUUGACAACCCUAUAGGAGUAUAAAAAGAGCUGGUCCUUUUUCAACACGUGCUGGGGCAGGGUAAUUUGUUUUCCGUGGAGGAGGAUGGUCAUGAAUACAUUUUUGAGUUAAUACUCAUGGUUUGUGACCACAGAUCUGCAUCUCUGCAGCAGUGAAAACCUUGGGCCUACUUGAUAUAAUUGAGAUUGCAUGAAGUGUUGCCACUCCUUUGGCAUGUCUCUAAUAUAUUACUUCACUUCCCCACUUCUGAUUUAUGCAGCACCUGGAAUAGUGCAUCUUCGGUGGUAUAUCAUCACAUAUUCUGAUGAUAUACUUUUGCAAGACCUCUUACAGUAACCCUGCCUUUUGCCCUGAACUGUAGGAACCACUUGGAUGUAGUAUUUAGCAUGUUGGACUAGGGCUAGGCAUACUCAGGUUCACAUCCCCACUUGACCCUAAAGUUCACUGUGUGAUCUUAUUGGCCUAGUGUACCCUUUAUUUAUUUACAUAGUUAUAAGGCCUAUAAGCAGCUUACAAAUGUAAAAACCAAUUGUGCAACAUUGUUAAAAUACACAGUGAAACAGUUCCUUAAAAUAUGCAGUAAAACCAUCACAUUAAAACAGCAUAGCAAUUUAAAUAGGACUGGUUGAGAGAUCAAGGGAAUGCCUGGGUAAAAAGUUUUUUUUCAAUACAAUGGGACCUCUCAUUUUUAAUCAGGGCAUAUAUUUCACAACAUCAGUGCCAGCAUUGAAAAAGCCCACCACAAACCAAUAACUAACCAGGUUACUCUUCUUGAUCUUAAUGUCUUUACUGGACAGUGAAGAGGAAUCCAAUCUGAACAAGAAAAUGGGAUCUGGGAACGUGCCUUGUUUUUGUGGCAUUAUUUAUGUAAUUGCCAGCACAGCUUCACUGUAACCAUGCUGUAACACACCACCCAAUAAAAUUUCUAACUUCCCAAUUACUUUUUGGCAAAAACAAAAAACCAAAACCCCUUAAUUUAUAUUCCAUACUGCAGUUGUGAGAUGUUUACUUGAACAGCUGGAUUUGCAAAACAAUUAUUUUGACACUGGGCUGCUAAUAUGAUUGCUUAUAUAACCAUUAUUCUAACACCUGCUGGCAGACAAUCAAGCAGUCUAACAGCACAAUCCUAUAUGUGAUUAUUCAGAUAUAAGUUGCAUUGAGUUUGGUGGGACUUGUAUCAUCACUAUUGUUAAUAGGGAUCAUUGAAUGCAUAAGAGACACAGACUAUGUAAUUAACUAUAUGACUGUAGUGCCUCUGUAUAUUCUUUGAUAAUGGAUGAGCAGGCCAUUGAAUAAGUAUUUUGAAGGGUUUCCUGUAAUUAGUGAAACAAGAUAUUGACACAGUGGCUGUAGAUCUCUAGUGGAAUAAACAUACAGAAUACAGUUGUACCUUGGUUCUGGAUUGCCUUGCAACUCAAAUGUUUUGGCUCCCGAACUCCGCAAACCCAGAAGUGAGUAUUCCGGUUUGCAAAUGUUUUUUGGAAGCUGAAUGUCCGACGCAGCUUUCACUGCUUCCGGUUGAGUGCAGGAAGCUUCUGCAGCCAAUCGGAAGCUGUGCCUUGGUUUUUGUCCAUUUUCGGAAGUCGAGUAGACUUCCGGAAUGGAUUCUGUUUGAGGACCAAAGUAUGACUGUACAAUAAAAAUGAUGGAUGUGGCAAAUAAAAAGACAUGUAAAAGUAGAAAAAUAAAAUACAGAGGCAGAGGCAGGGUAAAACCCCCAAUAAGCUACAGAAAAUAGCCAAUUCAAUCCCAGUAAACUACAGAAAAUGCAGUGCCGCAUUCAGUUGUCGCAUAUGAGAAGAAAAAGGUGGGCCAACUUAGUUCUCAGUAAAACCUCUCCACAUACUUGUCUGUAGAGCAGGGAGUUUAGUGGGCUGUUCAGUUGAGUUAGCAUAGGAGAGAAAUCUAUACCACAUCGAGUAAAAAGGAUCCAUUUUCAUUGAACCAUUAAGGACUCUCCAUUUAUAUGUCAGGUGUCCUGACAAUGCAAAGCAAAGACUGUCUAGCUUAAAAGCAAAAUGCAGCCAUGUGCUCUUAUCAAGAAGAGAAGAUGCUCAGACUAGUAUUUAAUAUACAUGGCCAACUGUUUACUGCAGAUUGCAUGGAACUAAGAUGUGACCUUGUUACCAUUCUUUAGCAUUUAAUGCCUCUAAAAAGUCAGUGGAAGGCAGUGUUUGAUAAAAUGUUCUGACAGCGAGUCAUAAUAUCACAUUAAAAGGUUUUGAAAAGGAGGUAAUAUGAUGGUAUUGGAAAGGCUUUUCAAAGAAAAGACCUUAGCUUGAUGUGUAGAGAAGUGGGAGAACUGUUCCAGGCUUUGGAAGUAGACUUGCCAGAAGGUGCAAAAGCCACAAAUAGAUUACCGUAUUUUUUUGCUCUAUAAGACUCACUUUUUCCCUCCUAAAAAGUAAGGGGAAGUGUGUGUGCGUCUUAUGGAGCGAAUGCAGGCUGUGCAGCUAUCCCAGAAGCCAGAACAGCAAGAGGGAUUGCUGCUUUCACUGUGCAGCAAUCCCUCUUGCUGUUCCGGCUUCUGAAAUUCAGAAUAUUUUUUUUCUUGUUUUCCUCCUCCAUCCAAAAACUAGGUGCGUCUUGUGGUCUGGUGCGUCUUACAGAGCGAAAAAUAUGGUGACUGAGUGGAGGGGUGAAGUACAAUAAGGGAAGAUAGGGGCAAGAAUGGAGAGGUGAAAAGCUUUAAGACCUCAGUGUUGUUGUGAAAAGCAAGAGGAAACCUGAGUUGAAAGUUAAAGAGGUUAGUUUCGCGCGUACCUGUUGAACUGAUCAAAAGAAGAAAGUGCCAAAGGAAGGCCGACUAGGUAGUGUUUUCCAGGGAAAGCACAACAAAGUGGUUCUCUCCCCACCCCAGUAGAUAGUUAGGAAAAGGCAAAUUUUGACAGUACUGAAGAGGAGGAAGCAGAGACAGGCUAGGAUAGAUGCACAAGCAUAAGAAAUGGAAAAUGACCCUAACUAGUGUUGGGUAAUCUAGCUAUUUUUUAGAUCCAAAUGUUUAAAGGCGAAUGUAGUUUAGUGUACUGUCAUACCUCGGGUUAAAUAUGCUUCAGGUUGAGCGUUUUCAGGUUACGCUCCACGGCGACCUGGAAGUAACUGAGCGCGUUACUUCUGGGUUUCGCCGCAUGCACAGAUGCUCAAAAUGACGUCAUGCGUGGAAGCGGCGAAACGCAACCUGCGCACAGUCGCGUGUUACGUUUUACUCGGGAUGCAAACAGGGCUCCGGAACGGAUCCCGUUCGCAUCCAGAGGUACCACUGUAUUUGCAAGGAAUGUAAAACAUCUUUGUGUGAUGUGUAUUGGACUGAGAGCAAAAAGAAAGAAAGAAAGAAAGAAAGAAAGAAAGAAAGAAAGAAAGAAAAAGAUCCCUCUCCAUCCAAAAGUUGUCUGCUCAAAAGAAUUCCUCAUUUAUUGUUACAGAUGAACAGGAGGCCUUGAAAUCUAUCAUGAAGGAUUUGGUUGCACUCAAGAUGAGCCGGCGCCCCAGAUUGUCUGGUUUUGAAAGCAUGAAAACCAAAGACUCUCCACAUUCAAACAGACAGGUAGGUAGUAUGUUCCUGAAAGCUGCUGCUUUGCCUGCCUUGUAAUUGGCUGUUAUUAACAUAAUGCCUGCUGAGCCAAAUGGAUUUCACAAUUUUAUCCUAGUAAAAACCAAGGCAGGUCAGAAGGUGGUGCCUUAUGUUUGCCGUUUGUUGGGUGGUCUUGUUAUUUAGAAAUUAGAAUGUUUGCUUUGGAUUUCCUUUUCCUUUUCCCUGCCUCUGAUUUUAGCCUUCCAGCUGCUUUUCUUAUUAUUGCACAGGUAAUUUUAAUUUUUCCUUCAUCAGCAAGCAGGAGACCAGGGCAGCAAAGAAUUAUCUCCUACUCCCACAGAAGGCAGUGCCAGCUACUGCUCCUGUGCUUUUAUUAAGGUUUUUUUUUUCUUAUUUAAAUUGUAUACCACCCUGGGAGUCUCACACUAAAGUGUAUCUUAUAAAUAAGCCGUCUAACAGAGAGAGAGAGAAAGUGCUUUCUGCUUUUGCCUUCAGUGAAACAUUCCUGAUUAUUGCAAUAAUAAAUGCUCCAAGCCUUCAUGGUUAAACUCCUCUUUCAUUGCUAAGCCCUUUGCUCAAAAUCUAAUCAGUGGCAGGAAAACUCAUCUGCCAACCCUUCUGAGAUUUUUUGACCGUAGUGAAAGUUCAACAUAGCUAUUCAAACUUAAUUCCUUGGCCACUGCAGAUGCCUUCUUUCAUGGAGAGCCCUUCAGCUAAUACUGUAAACCAGGGCUGACUAAUGUGUGCCUCCAGAUGUUGCUGAACCACAACUCCCAUCAGCCCCAGCCAACAUGACUAAUGGCAAGGAGUGGUAGGAAUUUAAGUUCAGCAGCAUCUGGAGGCACACAGGUGAGCCACCUGUGCUACAGCAACUAUAAUUCCUCUUAUCCUAACUUGAGCUCUAAGCCUUAUUUUGGACAUUCUUUUGCUGCCUGCUUUUCUUGCUUCCAGACAGAGAACGUGAAAUUCUCUGGUCAGCAGGCUGGAGAACAGGCAGCCUCACUCACACUGGGAAGACACGUGAUAGGAGAGAGUUGUGCAGUCCCAACCUCACCUAGGGACCAAUUUGGAUGCCUUUCUGUCCAAAGAGUUCUGUCUUUUUCAUGUUUCGCUCCUGUUUGUCAUGGUGGGUUAUGUAGCUUUCCAGAUGGCUUGAAUUAUUAGUAACAUUGAUUCUGCUGAAAUUUAGAUGGGUCUCUUCCUUGCAAAUGAGGUCAAGUUUUUUUCUGCAGCUCCAUCUUUUGGACAGGGUGCAGUUAUUGCUUGCUGCCUCCUCUCCUGCUUGCUGACCAGAGGGGAACAUAAUUAUAAGUCCAGCUUUCCCUUUUUCAUUUACAAAUGUAACAUUGUAUUUUUUCUUCCCAUUUAAGAAAAAGCACAGUACCAGCAACUCAGCUGUCCUGAGCAACCAAUGUGUGUGUGCAGCAGAGGACAAAAAGGCUCAGGUAAGCAAACUUUCCCCCCGUCCUGUACUAUUAGAAAUUGAGGAGACAUUUAUAUUUUUAGGUGUGUGUAAAAUAUGUUAAGGGACGCGGGUGGCGCUGUGGGUUAAACCACAGAGCCUAGGACUUGCCGAUCAGAAGGUCAAGGUUCGAAUCCCUGCGAUGGGGUGAGCUCCCGUUGUUCGGUCCCAGCUCCUGCCCACCUAGCAGUUCGAAAGCACGUCAAAGUGCAAGUAGAUAAAUAGGUACCGCUCCGGCGGGAAGGUAAACGGCAUUUCCAUGUGCUGCUCUGAUUCGCUAGAAGCGGCUUAGUCAUGCUGGCCACAUGACCCGGAAGCUGUACGCCUGCUCUCUUGGCCAAUAAAGCCAGAUGAGUGCCGCAACCCUAGAGUUGGCCACGACUGGACCUAAUGGUCAGGGGUCCCUUUACCUUUACCUUUAAAUUAUGUUAACAAAACAAGCAAACAAGAACAUUCCGUGCUCAAACCUCCUACCAUACCCAACAUGAGGAGGCAUGCAUGAGAUAUACAUUGAAAGGAACCUUGGGACACUUCGUUCAGUGGGGCUAUAGGUUAUGAGGAAGGUGUGGGGUUCAUAAUCCUUACUCGCAUGUGACCUCUGGCCAAGACAGUGGCAAGACUAGUUGCAUGGCUGAGACGCUCCACUGUUGUGCUGCAUUUCAGCUCCAAUUUUUCAGAGAUGUAGCAAUCUUUCCAUGAUACCAUGCGGGGGAGGCUAAAUGAAUUUCCUCCACAUUUAUUCCAGUCCUCCUUGGAAUGGAAGCCUUAGGAGCACACUCUCCCCAAAGCCCCAAAGGUUUGAACAUUCUGGGGUCUAGCCAGCAGCCACCUUGAGAACCCCCUUCUCCUUCCUUACGGGACAACACAGAAGAAGGUCUGGUGCUCCUCCUUCAAAAACAUUGGCCUCUGAUUUCACCCCAAUAAAACCAUCCAUAUUCUGAAGAUGUGGAUGAUAUUUUUAUUUUUUAAAAAAGCAUGGUACACUUAGCAUCAGAUUUAGUUUGACGCACAAUCUGGAGCGACAUGCCUUUUUUCCCUUCAAAAUCCCAAAAUGCCCCGAGACUUAACCUCAGUUUUGCCAUAUAGUCUUAAGGCCUGUGUUGGAAAUUAUAUUAUAGCUUACCAAACAGUGUUCAUGAAAGGGAAGAAAUUAAAAUUAACUGCACAGAGUAGUUACAGCAAAUCCAAACAAAUCCACAACUUCUGCUCUGUAGUUAACUCACUAAUAUAUUUUAUUGUUUUGUGGAAGGAAGGAAAUGCCCAAACAUAUAGCAGGUGAACUAACAAUCUCUUCUUUGGCAGAAUGACAUCCGGAUAAAGUUUGAAUAUAAUGGGGAAAAGCGGUAAGUUUUUGUCUUCUUUUCACAUACUUAACUAUAUUUUGGGUACAUUUUGUGUGCUUAGUAUAAUUUGAAUCUGGUUUUAAUGAAGAGAUUAGUUGUUUGCCAAAGAAUCUUGAUAACCGGUGAUAAAUUAGAUAGGGAUAAAUUAGAGGAAUCAACAUCCUGACUAAUACAAGAAAGAUCCUGUUGCAUUCUUUAUAAGGUAAGUUGCAUUUGGAAUCCAGUAGAAAUUGCAAAUGUUUACGAUACCCAUUAGAUAACCUGGCUCAAUUUGUUAGGAGAGCAAUGAAAAAUAAUACAGAAUGUACUGUUUGUUUGUGUGUAUUUGAUUUGUAUUUUUUAUCAGCUUAAGUAACCAUUUUUAUUAACAAUAAUUAAAAAUACAUAAGUAGGGUACGUUAGCUGGGGUAGUGCCUUUCUAUGGACUUCCAACUCCUAGAAUUUCUCUCCUGCGUUACAAUGUGUUACCGAGUUUGGCUCCUACACGCAGUGACCUUAAUGUAUCCUUAUUAGCCUGAGCUGUUUUAAUUAUUAUUAUUUAUUGAAUUUAUAUACCACCCUAAUUAAAUAAACAGGUGUCACUUACCCUCCCCUAAAAUGUCACCUUAACUCACCUUGUCAUUACGACACCAGAUGUGGCUCCCUGUACCUCCCUGUCAUACAUAGUUAAAAUUAAGCGAUAUUCGGAGAAGACACCUUGAAAUCAGUGGCUGUCCAUUGAUUUCAGUAGGCCUUCUCUAAGGAAGAAACAUUGGGUGGUAUCCAGUCUUAAAGUUCUAACUAAGCAAGAAAAGGGUCGGAAAAGAUCUGCCCACAUUUUACAUAAGAACAUCAGGGUAGCUCACGCAUCAAUCCACAAUCUUGAAUAUAUGGCCCAAAUGUGGAUCCCUGUUCUUCUGUGGGGUUAUGCGAGGGGAGUACAGAGUAACUGGUAUGCAGACUGUUUACCUUCUGAUCUGUGAACACCAGCAUUAUAGCUUUAAGAUGUUGGUUGUGCAGAGCCAACUUCAGUUCCUAGGCACAGACAUUUUAUGUUUGAGUCCUGUGCAGAAACAUUCCAGAUUUCUGGGGGCAUUUGAUAUUCUUCACAUAGGAUGCCAGUAGACAUUUCUGAUCAGCAGUAAGUCCCUGUGAGUUCAAUACAUGUUUAUUUGUCUUACCCUCUGAGCUCAAUACAGCUUAUUCCCAAAUAUGGUGACCUCCAGGGGUUAGUCCAAUUCUCAUCAGCCCCAGUCCACAUGGCUAGUGGUCACAGAUAAUGGGAGAUGUCGUCCAACCAUAUCUGGAGGGGGCACCAUGUUGGUUUACAGUCACAUGUUUUGCAGGGAUUAUACAUUUUGGGGCAGAUGCUUUCUGUUUCAACCUUUAAACACCUGGUGAAGACUUUUCUAUGCUUGCCAGGCUUAUGCAGACAAUUAAUAAAAUACAUUUACAUAAUAGUCGAUGGGCUCUGAUUUUAAAUGUUAAUGUGUUUUCAUUAAAUAUAAAUAAACUGUAAACUGCUUGUGUUUUUAAAAAAGAUAUGGUGGUACACAAAUAUUUUUAGGAAUCAGAAUAAAAGGCCAGAUGAAAUGAACAUAACACAGUAAAAAAAAACCUUCCCCCAAACCUUUCCAUACCAUAAAUAUAAUUUUUAAGUUAAGUGGGAUAGUGGUGGUUUUCUCUGAGAAUAUAUGUGUGUAUGUGUGUGUGUGUGUGUGUGUGUGUAUAAUUCCAUUCAAACAUAAAUAUUCAAAGAGAUAAUACAAAGAUUGUGUGAUUAAAAAAAGAGUUUGAGUUGUAUCUAGGGUUGGUGAUACUGUGAUUAUAGCCACUGAAGUGCUUGGGCAUGAAUAGCUUGGGUAAAUUAAUUUCAGUGGAUCUUGAAGUAAAACCUAGCUGAAUGCAACCUUCACUUUGAAAUUCAAAAUGACAAAUAUGUACAAGCAGCCACUCCCAGGAGAUGCUACAUUUCCAGUAACAUGGGGGCACUGGAAGUUCAUUCUUGUCAACAACAGGAGCAGCCUGAGCCACAAUGCAACACAGCACAGUGCUACAACUAACUUGGAAGUGAAACCCCAGCCCCCUUAGCGAUCAUCUUGUAUGUUUUCCUGGUCAAGCAGGUGUCUUUGAAAUGGCAUGGGGGACUCGGUAGGGUAUGGCUUGUCUUACAUACCCACUGAAAAGAAAAGCUCAAUUGUAUGCAAGCAGUAAUUAUGCAGCUAUGUAAGACUUGCUCUCAAAAUGCAUUUCUAUGUGUUUGAUUUCAGCAAAGCUGCCAGAUCUGACCACAAAUAUUUAAGUCGGGAAUGGUCUGCCUAAAAUUACCCCAAUCCAUCAUGACUUUGCUGCUCUGAAAAAACCCAGUGGCGGGGUGGGGAAGCUCAAAUGCUUAUGCGUGUUUAAUGAGCUAUUUGCCUUUCAUAAGAAGUUUCAGUGCAGAUGUGAGCCAAGCUAUGUGCACAGUGUCCAAGUAUUAUAAUUUCAGUUUAUUAUUGGAUUGGUUUCUCAUUACUGUAUAAAAAACGUAGACUACUGAGUUGUGUGGGGUUUUUUUUUUUUUAAUAAUGAAGACAGCAUUUUUAGAUGGUUGAACAUAGUAGGUUUUUAAGUUAACUUUGCUUUCCAACAUGCAUGUUAUGGAGAGCUCAAGCAAUAUUUUUCGAAUGCUUGGAAGAUCAAGUACAAAGCGUAGAUCUCAAAAUAAUAGUUAACUCACCAAAAUCUGCAGCGCCAAAAAUGGAGAGCUGGAGGUCCCACAACAAUAGUAAACUGGUUUGGAAAAAUCUGGACAAUUAUAAAUAUGAUCAAAUAAACAUACUAUCAAAGAACCCAAAAUGAACAAUAAAACAGAUUUUUUGAACUGUAGUCACUAUUUAUUAGGCUUUAGAAAGUCAAAUUUCACAAUUAGUAUACUGUACAGCCAUAUAAUAUUUUUGCAUUACUGCAAGGGUAUCACACACAUGCUGUAUAGAGUAGCAUAUGUUUAUUUUUCUUAAUAAUGUUUGCUUGCUUUUUCAUGUUUGUAGGACUAUAUAUUAAUUUAUAUACUGUUUAUAUGCCAGAAUAUCUUCUAAAUUGAUAUUUUGUCAAUUCUCAUGCACAAUUAUCAUGUGUGUGAAGCUGAUGAGCACCUAAGAAUUUCAGCACAUGGUUGGUUAACAGUUUAGGGAAAACACUGCUGCUUAUGUAAUUGCUUUUGUUGCAUGGAUUGUUUAGAGCUCAUUCUGUUUGUAUUAUCAGUAUCUUUCUAUCUCAUUCAGAAUUAUCGCUUUUGCCCGGCCUGUCCACUAUGAAGAUGUGCAGCAGAAAGUGAAAACGGUUUUUGGGCAGCCGCUAGAUCUCCAUUACAUGAAUAACGAGGUACCAAAAUACGCCCACAUUUUGUUCUCAAACAGUGCUAUUCAGAUCCAAGGAGAAAUUCCACCACACUGAAAAAUCCAAACACUUUGGCAAGGGUGGGGGCAUGAAAAGAGGCAAAAGUAGCUUUUCACAUGGACAACUAACACACUUGCCCAGAUCAAGGUAGUCCCAUGAGGGGACAAUAUUACCAAAGAGUAUUGGCAGUUUGCAAGUGUGUUUGUGGGCUGAAGAUAUGAGCCCUUUACCGGCUCCCUUUUCAAGUGGCAGAGCAGAUGGAAACCUUGUCCGUUCAUUUGUACCACCGCAGUCUGCAAUGUGGCAAAUAGUUAUACUGUGUUGUAUCCAAACUUAGUCAUGCUUACAGAAUUGAGUUCAUUGAGCCAACUCCAAGCAUGACUAAGUCUGGAUACAACCCACUGACUUACCCUUAACAGGAAUGUUUUUUAAAGAUUAGAACGCGAUAAUACAUAGCAUUUCAAACACUUGAAAUCACUAAACAGAUGUUAAGUACAGUCAUACCUCGGGUUGAAGUAGCUUCGGGAUAAGUAUUUUCGGGUUGCGCGCUGCGGCGACCCAGAAGUAACGGAGCACAUUACUUCCGGGUUCCGCCGCUUGCGCAGACGGUCAAAAUGAGGUCAUGCGCAAAAGCGGCGAAUCACGACGCGCGGGCGCGGGUUGCAUUUGCUUCUGGAUGCGAACGGGCCUCCGGAACGGAUCCCAUUCACAUCCAGAGGUACCACUGUAUUGUAUCUGCCUCAAGAGAGCGAGGAAAAUUCUUAGGGACGACUCACAACCCGGCCAGCACCUCUUUAAUCUCCUACCUUCGGGCAGGAGAUACAGAAGUAUAGUCAGCCGCACCAACAGGUUAACACCCGUGGGCUGUUGGGCUGCUGAAUGAAAAAAAAAAAUUAGUGAUGCAGUUGACUUCCAACAAGCACACAGAGUGCUAACAAGACUGAGUGUAUGGGGGGGAGGGGGCCUCGUUUAAAUGCACUGCACACAGGUGGUGUAGUGACAAUAAAGGUCUGUUCUAUUCUCUCCUCUCUCUAACCCCCACUCCACCCCUUCUGAGACGGUUUUGAGUUUUUUGCAGUCUGUAUCAAGAAGAUUGUGUGGGUGGGAUAUUACCUGCCCGCAAAAAUAACAGAAAUAUAUCCGGAUAUUCAGGGGUACUAUAACUUGUUUACAGCCUUGAGCCUUUGUAAGUUUAAUUCAGAGUAAGUCUGUUAGUUCACUGGGCUUACUCUCAAGUAGGUAUACAUAAUUCAACCUAAGAGCAUUUAAAUUUCUAUCUUGCUGUCUCACUAUUUCAUCCCUUUGUUGCCUAGAGGAUUUAAAAUGUAAUUUUUUUACUAACUGAGUGCCUGUUUUCUUGCAUUGUAGUUAUCUAUUCCUUUGAAAAGUCAAGAUGACCUCGAUAAGGCAAUAGAUCUGUUAGACCGAAGUGCAAAUGUGAAACGCCUUAGAAUAUUACUGCUGUCUCAGGACAGAAACCAUGUAAGUAAAAAUAACGUGAUGUGCUGCAGUCUCAUUUUUGCUAUAAGCCCUUACCAGUCAUUAAGCAAAACAGCGAUGCCUAGUCCACAAGGUGGGUUUGGUCUCCUGUUCCACUCAGAGCCUUGUUGCGAUAAAUCGAAAACCCAACAAUUGAAAGCAGGCUUUAUCAUCCCAGUUGGAAAGCAAAGGAAACAUCUGUGGAGCCCACUGUUUUGUAUAGACCACCAGACUACAUGAUCUGACCCCCCCAGAGCAAAUGGGAAUAUAUUUCAGACUGCAUUUCUAGUUGCAACGAUCCUUUUUUCCUCCCUGGGCUGCUUGUCCUUGGAAUUAAAAUACUAAGUCCCUCCAAACUCAAAUUGCUUAUUUUUUUCCUCCCUCCCCCCCUAACAGACCAGUUCAUCAUCCCAUUCUGGAAUGCCAAAGCAAGUCAGAAUCAAAACUUCUCAAUCCAUGGGAGAUGUGAACACUGCCUUCCAGCCACCUGAAACCAGAAGCAGGCACUUGUCCAUCAGUGAGUACUAGUGGCCUGGAAGCCACAUUUUUGACAUUAAUUUCAGUCUAUACUAGCAACAAUUCUGUUCCUCCAAACACUUUAGGCUGUGACUUACAGCCUCUAAAGUUUCCCUUUUUUAUCAGAUAUUUGAAUCGUCAUUUUCAGUUGAGCACACAUACAUAUACAUGUGGAGAGAAAUAUUAAGAAAUCAUAAGAGGACAAUUCAGUCUUCUAGGACAGUCUCUUGCUGCUGACUUGAAAGUCAACAUUAUUGGAACAAAAAACUUUAGGUUUUAGGUGUCAGGCCCCCAUCCCCAAACCCAAUGACAGCAACUCUUAUUUGAAAAGGAAGGAAGAGGUCUUUAUUCAGUCUGAUAGCAGUACAUGUCCACAAGCAAACAUAUGGUCCAGGAGUCAAGGUUCUAAGUUACAUGAGCAGGGCAAGUGGUUCAUAUCCUUAAAGGAAGCUGUGAUGUUGUACCAGCAGUUGAUAUGCCCUUCCUGCCAAGCUUUUAAAGAUGGGAGUGGUGCAAGCUCACUCGCAAGACACUCUCUGCCUGUGGUUUUGCUAUGCACAUGUAUGCAUGUGCAGUCAGGGUGGGUACAUCUGAUUCGCCUUCAUAAGUGGCACCUGUCUCUGUGACAAUACCGUGUUGUCCAGCUCUGCCAGCACUUCUUCCUGUUCAGCCUUUCUCUCUCUGACUGGCCGAAGUCCAUCCGUCCUCACAGAUAAAGUUCUGCAGCAGCAGCAUGGGAGAGAACCAGCAGAUCAUCUUCCUUCUCUCUGACAUUUGAAACCACAAGAGGAGGACCUUCAAGCCCCCCAUCUGCUGCUUCUCCUUCCUCUUGAGCUUGGAGCUGUGUGUGCCGGAUCCUGACUGAGCCAAGGGGCCCAUGACAUUGGGCUCUGAUUCCAGUUUUUGUUCCAAAUCAGUUUUAUUCAACCAUAUUGGAUUACUGCACUGUUCUCUGUGUUGGACUGUCUUCAAAUAUGGUCCAGAGUCUACAGUUGUUACCAACAGUGGCUACUAGAAUGUUCUGGAAGCCAACAAUUGUACCAUAUGACAGCGAUCUAAUAUUGACUACAUUGGUUACCUGUUUGUUUCUGGGCUCAAUUUAAAGCACAGGUGCUUAUUUUUGAAAUCUUUAAUAGAUUAUUGAUUUUAUUGAUUAUUUUAUUUCUAUAUAACUUAAUAUAUUCAAAAUAUCUAAGCGGUGUACAAAAAGCUGAAGCAACAACAGUCAACUUAAACAAAAUAUUACAAAAAACAGUUACAUAUAAAAAUGUUACAUUAAAACAAAGUUGCUAAUAUAUAUAUCUCAAUUCAUUUUCCUUCUGAUGCACCCUCCCCUCUCAGCCUCCGGGUUCUCACUCAGGAUCCAACAAACUCUCAGCUCACUCACAAAAGUCUCACAACGAGAAAAGUUCCCUGGAAACAGCCGGGGUAACCUUAGUCUCUCACUCCAGACUUGCUUUUUAUGGGCAGGCCCAAGGUGGCUGAUCCUUCCUUAGGCUGCCCACAGCUGUGUCCCAUUCAGCUGUACUCUGUGCACUGAGUUCCAGAUACAGCAGGUUUACUGAGUUUCCCACAGGGUCACAUCUCUUCUGUCCUCUCCUCCUCCAGUUGCUUUAAUAGCAUUGAACCUGGUAAUUUCAAGGGCACCUUUGUUGAUAUGACUCUGCCUGUCUACCCCCUGAGUCCACCCCCUCCCCAAAGGCAUACUCCUCCAUUGUCCCCUGAGACAGACAGAUGCCAGGAACCUAAGACUGGCCUUGGAGAACCUGCUGUCCAACCCCUUACCAUUGGAAGUAUGUUAGGCAGGCCUUUUCAGUGGUGGCACCAAGACUCUGGAAUAGCAGUCUUCUGGGAGAUGCAGCAGGCUUCCUUUCCUUUCUUCAUUUAGGUAGAUUUAGAAGACUUAUUCACUCAGGCAGGCUAUUACUGCUCUGCUAUUUUUAAAGUUUUCUUGGUUUCAUGCUGCUGCUUAGUUGUUAAUGUAAGAAAUAUUUGUGUUUUAACAUUUUAUUUGCUUCAAGUGCAGGCUGUUGUAGAAAAACAGGAUAAAAGUAAUAAUGGAUUUACAAGCGCAGUUUUAAAAGGCAUGGGGAACUAACCCUUAAGCAGAUAAAGUGUCUGCCUUCAAACAAUUCGUAAAGAAAAAAAUACUUAUAAAAUAAUUUGAUACACUCCUAUCUUGGUGAUCUUCAGAAGAAUGAGGGAUGGUGCUAUGAUGGGUCAUCUUGGUCAUUGUGGUGAAAGUGUUCCAUGCAAAAAAGAGAAUCAACUCUCGACCUGAAAGAGGGCUUAAUUCCUUAUUUGAAAACCUUAUUUCAUGGGUUGAAAAGGGUCUUACCCUUAACUCACGACAAAAUAUCAUAGCCUCCUGCUACCUCCAUUAGCCAGAAGAUGGUGCUAGUGUAUUGCAAGUUUUCAUUGUAAGGAACAAAAAGAAUUCUCUUUGAGUACAGUGGUACCUCUGAUUACGAACUUAAUCCGUUCCAGAAGUCUGUUCUUAAACUGAGGCGCGCUUUCGCUAAUGAGGCUUCGCGCCACAGGUGCCCUUCCACCGUUCCGUUUGUAAACCGAGGUAAAAUUCACUAACCAGAACACUACUUCCAGUUUUGCGGAGUUUUUUUACCGAAUAGUUCAUAAACAGGGCUGUUCUUAAACCGAGGUACCACUGUACAUGCUAAGUAUAUAUUAUCCUUUAAAAUCUGGUAACCUGGAACUCUUUAAACCCAAAAUUUUAAGAGAAAUCUGCAGGCUUAUUUUAAAAUUUGAAACAGUCAUACGGAGGCAGCUCUGCUUGAGGUUGGGUAUUUCAGCAUACUGACAAUAUAAAGUGCGAAGAUUCUCAGAACCAGCAAGGCAUAGGUGACUUCUCACACAAAGUAUCACAAAGUAUGAGGUUGUCUCGGGUAGGGUGGAGAAGGUAGUGAUGGCUCUAAUCUCUUUAAUGUUGAGUUACAUUGUGCCCCCAUGACAGCCAUUUUGUGACAGGCACCCCCAGCACACUCUUAAAAUUCAAAAUGUGCCUGCUGGUCUGAGAAGGUUGGCAAUUCGUUACUUAAAUUAAUAGUUUCAUCUAACUGCUUCCAUGUGAAUCAAGCAGAACUAAAGAAAAGAAGCCAGAAGGGUUAAAAUUGAUCAGAGUCAAUAGUCAAAUGUGAGAACGGGGGGGGGGGGGGGAGACUACUUUUAAACUGCAGAGCAGCAUCCAAAACACACCUUGUAACAGAGAAAAUACUUCUAAGGGAUUUAGACAGCACAACUUCUAGCGUUCCUAUGUUGGCAACAGCCCACAUUUGAAUUUCCAUAAAAUAAUUGAACUAAGCGUCAAGUGCAGCAGGUCUAAAAUGAUGGCCUUUUGUUUAGAAGAAAUUCACACUAAAGAAUAGCCUUUUCUCUAUUCCAGGGGUGGGGAAGUGAAUCCGGCCAAUGGACUGGACGCAGAACUGCCCCACCCUCCACAAGCCACUUUUGACAGGUGGGUGGGGCUGCCAACAUGUCAAUUAUCUAAUAUCAUAGGAUACACUCCGAGGCUCUUGGUUGUCUCUUUGCAGUUACUCUGAAUAACAUUGUCCCUGAGUCUUUCAAAAGUGCAGGAAAGAGCAAUUCUGUCCCUCCUCCGCUCAGGUGCUCUUGACCUUGUGCAUCCUUUUAAUAAGCAAUUCAUAAUCUUCAGGUUCUCAGACCACAGGUCGAAGUUCACCACCUCCAGGGUAUGUUCCAGAGAGGCAGCAACGAAUCGCUCGUCAGGGGUCCUACACCAGCAUCAACAGCGAAGGAGAAUUCAUUCCAGAGACCAAUGAACAAUGUGUGAGUUCAGUAAAGUGCUCCUCAUCUUUGAGUAUUACAUAAGAAGCUGCCUUUAUACCAUGUCAGGCCUCUGGUCCACCUAGUAAUUUCUACCCUGUCAAACAAGAGUCUCUUCCAGCUUUUAUCAGGAAAUGCCAUGGAUUGAACCUGAGACCAUCUGCAUGUGUAGCACAUUCUCUGUCUGAGCCAUAGCCCUUUCCCAACUUUCUUGGUAGAGUUCUCCAUUCUGCCUUUUCGUAUUGUAUUGUGUCUUAGAUUAUAUUGAGUUUGACUUUCUGUGACCUCUUCUAGAUGCUGGAUCCUUUAAGCAGUGCUGAAAACUCUAUAUCUGGCAGUUGUCAGUCGUUGGGCCAGUCAGGAGACAGGUAUGGACCUUAAUGGGUUUGGAAUUGAUUUUACUGUCGUCCAAUUUCUCCUCGGCAUGUUUGGGUUGCUAAUGAAUUUUCCUUCAUGUGAGAUUGACAGGGAACCUUGGGGUGUUUCUCUCUCCAGCAUUAUUUGUCUUGUCUCAUUUGUGUUAGCUCUUUUCUUCAUAGAAUUGUAGAGUUGGAAGGGGCCACAAGGGCCAUCUAGUCCAACCCCCUGCAAUGCAGGAAUCAUUUGCCCAACGUGGGGCUCAAACUCACGAUCCUAAGAUUAAGAGUCUCAUGCUCUACCAACUGAGCUAUCCAGAUGAAUUCAGUUACAUCUAUUUCUUUGCUCCUGGCAUUUGUGGGUGAAUUGUAGAUACUCAAGGACCCUUAGGAGGUACAGAUAUUGUUAGUCUAUUCCUGGCAUAGACCCUGUAGUAAAUUAAUAAUAAUAAUAAUAAUAAUAAUAAUAAUAAUAAUAAUAAUAAUUUAUACCCCGCCCAUCUGGCUGGGUUUCCCCAGCCACUCUGGGCAGCUUCCAACAGAACACUAAAAUACAAGAACCUAUUAAACAUUAAAAGCUUCCCUAAACAGGGCUGCCUUCAGAUGUCUUCUAAAAGUUUGGUAGUCAAAGUCAAAACGGAUUUACUUUACCACUAAAUUCAUUUUAUUGGCCUCCAUACAGUCCCUUACUGUUGCAAGCAUGGGUUCAGCACCUCUACCGCUUCCCUUGAAUAUGAUGAGAGAAAUACUAGUCAUUGGUAUACUGAUGACACCUUACUUCAGAGCCCUAGAUGACCUGGCCAGCAGUUUCAUGUAGAUGUUAAAAAGUAUGGGAGAUGAGAUGGAACCCUGCAGGACCCUAUAAGCACAGGUGCCAUGAGGACAGCAGUAUUCUUCCAGCACUACCUUCUGGAAUUUAAGUAGGAGUGGAACCACAUUGCCCCUAAACCUGUCGGGCCUCAGAAUCCAAUUCUGAUUCCAGAGGAGAUAGCUUUCCCCUCUCUUUGGUGCUGGAUAACUCUUCCCCAUAACUACUAGCAGUCCAAGAGGGGAGCCAGUCUUCCACUUUUCCAUUUUUAGGGGACACAGGAAACAUUACACCCUUCUGCAGCACAUGCCUAUGUCAUAGAAUGCAGCCUCUUUAAAGCACGAUCAGGUUUUCUCCUAGGAGACAGGGCUUCACCACUCUCUGCCAUACUAUAUAAAAGACCAGUGCUGAAGCAACACUUGCUGAUCUUUGUUUCCAGUAUCCAGCUUAGGUGAAUCUGAUAUCCAGCCACAUCCCAAAGCUUGCUCCAUAUUUGCUCCCCGUGUUCCUGACUCUCGGCCACCUGCCCUACACCUGAACAGAAUGCCCCCGCUCUGUGGUGUCUGAUAUUGAAAGCUGCCAAGAGGUCCAGGAUAGCUAGCAGUCUUUCAGUCCCCUUGUCAUAUGUUAUCGCAUUGCAUCAGGGUAACCAAAUCAGGUUCUUUGAUGACAAAAACCAAAUGGGAAUGGAUCCAGAUUGUUUAGCUGGAUAACUUGCAUUACUAUAAUGAGGAAAGCUGUAUUUUGCCCAACGAGGGAGGAAACUGGAUCGUAUAUUUUUAAAAAUGUAAAAGAUACAUUAAAAUUUAAAAUAUAUGCUAAAAAAAUGGAUUGCAUCUUUGGGGUGGGAAUUUUACAGUUAGCUAUGUGCCCUGGCUGAAUUUUUCUGAAAGUGAUACCCAGUUUGUGGAUCGGGGAACCCAACAGAUUGUGUAAAUUCUCUGUUCAGUUAUGCAUAUGUUUAUAUGCAGAAAUCCCACAAUACUGCAUUGGAUGUGAAUAAAUGAUUGUAAUUUAUUCAGGUUUAGGCUAUCCAGCUUCUUCCUAAGUCGUGAGAGGGGGCAUCACAUUAAGUUGUAACACAGGCCAUUCUUAGCCCAGUUUAUAGGUACAAAUCUUAAUUCUUUCUCCCUCCAAACAGUCUUUCCUACAGAAAAUCCUGCAUGUCCAGGGCCCAGAGUUUCCCAGACAACAGGCAGGAUUUUUCAGGUAUGUCUGUAUAGUUUUUAAAAUAAUUAUUUGAGCUGAUGGUUGUUGACAGAUAACAGGAGAAAGAAACUCCUACCUUGUUUGUUUCUCUGUUGUGCGUUGGCUGCUCCUAGUCAAGAUUCUAUAUUCUCUUUUCCGAUUGCAGAAAGACAUUUUGAAAUGUGCAGACAACUCCUCUGUCACUUGCCAGCAGUUACCUGGCUUCUAGUCUAAUCAGGGUGGAUGAUACGGAUGUGGAGCCACAUCUCGUUUGCCUCUCCUAUUCCUUUGCCACCAAUCGGUUGAAUGUUGCUGGGUCAGGGAGAGAAUUAACAGUUUUCAGGAUAUGUGCUUAUGCAUUGGUUUCUCUUCCCUCCUGAAACCACCUGUAAGGAGGAGGUUGACUGAAACUAAGAAACUUUAACUACCAGAAGGGCAAAUAUGAAAAUAAGCUAAUAAGUUAUUCUGUGGGCUGCCUUUUUCAGAUGCCUUUUUCAGGCCCUGCCAUCUCAGUGGAAAAGGAGCUGGAUUUCAGUGAUCUGCAUAGUUCAAUGGGUUCUAGAAUUUAAGAUUUAAACAUAUUUAGCGAACCUUUUCUUUCAGUCAUGAGACUCAUGGAUUUCCCUCCCCUUUGGGUCAUUCAUCUGUGCAUGUUCCAUAAGUUAACUUGUUUUGCUUUGUCUCCCUCUAUCCAGAUCGUGAGAAUCAAAUCUAUGACAAAGCAGAGAAAGGAGGGACCUACCCUCGGCGUUACCAUGUCUCCAUGCAGCACAAAGAUUAUAAUGACGGUGGGUGUGCUUGCACUGCAAGAAAGCACCCUGCUUUUUAUCUUAAUGAUAGGGUUGCCGUUAGACAUCUCUCCCAAGGGGAACUAUCUGCAUUUCCCUAGUGGCUAGGCCUCUCUCUGCUUCUCUGACUCACUUUUCUUGAAAUUGCUUGGGAGAACUCAAUGGAAGCAGGAGGAGUGACAAAUACAAGUGAGAAUAAGACUUUCCUUCCUUCUCUUUUCCUGUAGUUGAAUAGCUCCAGAAGAACAGAGAGAAACUCUGUUUCUUGCAUGCGAACCACUGGUGAAGCAAGUUGUUGGCCUGUGCACUACAAGAUUAAUCCAGAGCAGAGUUGUCCAGAGCUUAGGUUUUUGCUAACUCAGAAGUCAUGCCUGCAAAGGCUUCUUGCUCUGUCCCCAGCCCUGAUUCCCCACCCCCACCCUGUAUCCAGGCAGUUUUAUUUGCAAACUUUUCUUUCAUACCGUUUUCUAACAGGACGGAGGACCUUCCCGCGUAUUCGACGUCACCAGGGUAACCUCUUCACACUAGUGCCAUCAAGCCGCUCCUUGAGCACCAAUGGGGAGAACCUUGGCCUAGCAGUGCAGUAUCUGGACCCCCGGGGGCGCCUGCGGAGCGCGGACAGUGAGAAUGCUCUCACCGUGCAAGAGAGGAACAUUCCAACCAAAUGUAAGCAGUCUGUUCCAGAUUUGCGAAAUGCAGCACUAUUGUGCUUUCCAGCGCAUUCAAGAUGGACAAAAGGAAGCACUUGUUCAAAUUGAUACAAGGUUUUGUGGUGGCCACUAACACAGGUGGCUUUUUAACAGAUAAAAUUGACUGUCAGUGGCUCUACACCCUGAGGGUUUGGAAUAAAGCUUCUGUUUACCAGGUACUAAGAAUGAACAAUAAUAUGAGAUGCUAUGUCUUGUCAUGCUUACGAGCUUUCCUGGGGCUACUGACGAGAUAGAGCGUGACGCUACAUCGAACUGUUUGAUGUUUAAUAUCAGUUCUUAUAAACUGCAGAAGGACGGAGAGAAAUGUGUGAAAAGCUGAUGUUGUGGUCCUAAAGGCCCAUCAAGCAGAAGUCAAGUUUUAAAAACUCUUAUCAUCAGAGCCAAACAUAUGCCACACCUUGAAUCUUUGAUAGGUGGCAUCUCUAGCUUGGAGACUGGAAUUAUCUCCGUUUCAUUUAGUAAUGCAGGUAUAAAUAGCGUCUGUUGACGGGUGUAGAAGACUAUUCUUGAGGAUGACAUUAUAAACUGAGAAUUCCUUCUGUAUUUGGCAGCUCCAAGUGCCCCAGUUAAUUGGCGGCGAGGGAAGCUCCUGGGGCAAGGUGCAUUUGGCCGUGUGUACUUGUGCUACGAUGUGGAUACAGCCAGAGAACUUGCAGCGAAACAGGUCCAGUUUGACCCAGACAGUCCUGAAACAAGCAAGGUACUUGAACGAUAGCACUGGGAACAGUGUCUAAAGUAAAUGUUCGUAUUUGGAAAUACCAUGCUAAGUAACAGACAUUCGAACGAAGCAUGAUUUGUAUAGAGAUAUCAUGGUUGGUUCUUUCCCUUAGAAUCCCAAAAUGCAAUCCCACUGCACUCAAGACUGCCAAAUUAUUCACAAAACUUCACCAUGUCACCUUUCCCUUUACUAUUGGCUAGCACUAGUAACCAACACCUUUCCCCAAGUAGGCUGGAGAAGCUCAGCGCCUGCCUCUUUACUGGUCUUUGACCCUUAGUAAUCAGCUAAUAGUAACCGUUUUGUUAAUCUGGUUGCCACCCUAAUAGAAAUAAUUCAGAGUGGAAAUUGUUAAUAACGUCAAAGUAGUGGGAAAACUAAUUUCUAGGCAAGUUCUUGCUGAGAACUUGUCACUGCUGCCAAGUUCAAAUGUGGUUCAGUAGUCGGCUGUCUGGACUUGAGUGAGGAUCCUGGUAUGAAAAAGUGCUUUAUCCCACAGUUUUCCCCAGUAUGGACAUAAUGGGAAACUGAUUUAACAAAUCACAACAUCUUCCUCAAUGGGGGAGCAUGCAGGCACACACAUUCUUAGCGCAAUGAACUAACUGGCUCUCUUCACGCCUGCAGGAAGUGAGUGCUUUGGAGUGUGAAAUUCAGCUGUUGAAGAACCUUCAGCAUGAGCGCAUUGUCCAGUAUUAUGGGUGCUUGAGGGACCGAGCAGAGAAGACCCUGAGCAUAUUCAUGGAGUACAUGCCAGGGGUAAGAAUUGAGCUAGUCCUCUAGAAAGUGAUUGCCGUCUGCUUCUGACCUGCAGUGGAUUUGCAAGAUUAUUUCCUUGUUGUUGAAGCCCUCUUCAAUACCUUUCCUGCUUUUCCUGUGAAGGGUUCUGUCAAAGACCAGCUGAAGGCCUAUGGUGCACUGACGGAAAAUGUGACCCGGAAGUACACUCGGCAGAUUCUUGAAGGAGUCUGCUACCUUCACAGCAACAUGAUUGUACAUAGGGAUAUAAAGGGUAAGAGAUGCCCACGUGACUUGAGCCAGUUCCCUCAACCUGGUCUCUUCCUCUUCUUGGCUCCUCUCUUCAUGUAUUGACUGCUAAUACUCAGCAAGGUAGAGUUAGUGACAGACUUUGAAUCACUGUUGCUUCCCUCUCCCUCCCCAUCUCCCUCCUUCCUUCCCCCUUCUCAGGAGCCAAUAUUCUCCGGGACUCGGCUGGCAAUGUGAAGCUUGGGGACUUUGGGGCCAGCAAACGGCUGCAGACAAUCUGCAUGUCUGGGACCGGCAUCCGUUCUGUCACUGGCACACCCUAUUGGAUGAGUCCAGAGGUGAUCAGCGGCGAGGGUUAUGGAAGAAAAGCCGACGUCUGGUGAGAAGUUGCUUUGUUCUGUUUGUUUGGUGCAUAGUUCUAGCCAGGAUUUCUGUGUACCUGAAGUCCAUAAGCUUUUAACCUUCUUACUAGGAGUACAAGGAACAUUUCUGAAAAAGGAAAGUGACAUUUUCAUCCAGAAUACCCCUGACUCAAAUGACAUACUUGGUUAGUCUUCCAGCUGCUUGUAUCUGCUCUCUGUUUGGGCAGGGACUGAGUUCACUUCCUAGCAAGGAUUAAUUUAUGUUGUAAAAGGUGGCUGAAUGGUACACCCUCGGACCACUAACUCUAGAUGUGUAAGGGUAGCUUUUCAGUGAUAAGGGGCUGAACUUUUAGAACCAAGGGCAGUUUUUCCAUCAUCAUAUACGCCAUCCUUUCUUCAAUUAAUUCUGCCUUGAGAAGUGUUCUUCAUGCUCAAUUCUUGUCUCUCCUCCUAAGUAGCCAAACACUUGAGUGUCUACAAAUGUGUCCUUGACACAUUUCUGAGUGUGUCCUUUAUCGCAUAUCUGCAAGGCUAGCAUUUAGGCUGCCUCUUACAUUUUUUUAAUAAAAAAAAAUUAAAGCUCCUGCCGAGGCCACAUCUGGAAGAGCUUCAAGCCAUUCCUCUGUGGCCUUUUCUUUGAAUUUCCAGGGCUGAACUCUGAUGAUGAUAAUAAUAAUAUAUCCUUUAUUAGGCAUAGCAAACCACACAUUAUCAAACUCUAAUGGAAUUAACUUCUGUACAUGUGUACUGUAGGAAUAAAAUGAGUUGUGUGAGUUCAGUUGAUCUCCAGACAAAGCUGUUUCUCCAGUUGAGUUAUGUUGUAAGAAUAUUUGUCAUUUUCUCUAGCUUCAUUCAGAAUUGAAAGUUGGAUCUGGCGUAGUUUGACUUGGCCAAAGAGAUGAAGAAUUUUAAAAUAAUCUGGCUUCUGAGUCACUUUCAUUUUCAGCUUUGUUUGAUAUUGGUUAUCUAUUCAGCCCUCUAUGUCCUGAUCCUUCUAAAUGAUCCACAAAAGCUUAUGCCCCAAUAUAUUUGUUAGUAAGGUGCCACAAGCUUCCUUGCUGUUUUUUUUAGGUUGCAACAGGCUAAUUCUGCUUCUCCUCCUUAAUUUAUCUCAAUUGUGCCCGUUGUGUGGGUGUCACGGGAACUGCCACAAGAAACUCCAGCACUGCCUUUUCGUUUUCUAAUACAGAUAAUUGAAUUCUAUGUUCUCCCAUCCCCAGGAGCCUUGCCUGUACUGUUGUGGAGAUGCUAACAGAGAAGCCACCCUGGGCAGAGUAUGAAGCCAUGGCAGCCAUUUUCAAGAUUGCCACACAGCCAACUAACCCCCAGCUGCCUUCCCACAUUUCAGAAACUUGCCGGGACUUUAUAAAGCGGAUCUUUGUAGAAGCCCGGCAGAGACCCUCAGCUGAAGAGCUGCUCCAGCAUCACUUUGCACAGCUCCCAUACUGAAUUGCCCUCCCCAGAAACAGUACUUCUUCCUUGGCUUUUAGCAUUUUCUCCUUGGGAGGAUGCUGUGCUGUGGCCCUUAUCCGAGCAGCAGCUCCAAAUAAAUGCUGCCACAGCUGUCUUAUUUGCCUAGAGAGGCAGUCGGUGUUUGAGGAGCAAGGCAGGGACGUCAGUUGCUUUUAUCUGGAUAGAUUCUUCUUUGGAUUGAUGCUUCUAGCAGCUGUGCAACCUACAUCUGCAUCUCUGUCCUUACCUGUGCUGCCGCCAUGGAAUGUUUGGUGGCAUGCUUCCCACAAGCACACGAGCUGGGAGCGGCUUAGGAACCGCCUCACUUGAAUGUAGCUGUGUAUCAGAAGCUGGUCCAAAGUGGAAGGGGGCUUGUGGUGUCAGAACUUGUGAUAGCUUCUAAAAGCUACAAAAAUGUGUGUUGGCUAGCAUUCUGUGUUUCGCUGUUCCGCAGUGUCAAGUGCCACAGAGAACAUGGACUCAGUUAUUAUAUAUAAUAAUUAUUAUAUAUUUUAUUAAGUAUUCAGCAUCUGAAAGUGUUCAGAAAAUAUUGAUUUAGAAGAAUAUGUGAAUAGUGUUGUUUUUUAUAUAAUGACAAACCCAAGGAGCUGGAGGCAGAGUUGUACUUUCUUUCUGUUUGCCUUUUAACUCUCUCCUAUCCACAUUUCUGGAUGAUGAGAUGGGGGUUACAGUGGAACACAAGCACAACGAGGCCUACACAGCAGUGGCCCCUGAAUGAAACAAGGGAAUCUAGCUUCAUUUUGACAGGGCUGUCUGAAGGUGCAAUUCAGGACUGUGUCUAUGCAAUAACUGUGCUAACACAGGAUUUAUUAUCUGGCACAAAAAUCAGCAUCCUAAGAUUCAGUAUUUCUAACUUUUAUUUAUUUUAAUUUAAUUCUUUUCAAAACAAGUUUCUGGUCUUCAUGGCUGCAGAGAAACUCUAAUAAACGUGGAGGGUUUGAGAGGUGCCUAGUAACUUCUUAGAAGUCACAGGGGGCUGAGCAGGAUACAGCAGUUGUGGCAUGUGCUUAGUGCCUUUGCACAAAGAACAAAAGCCAAAUAAAUCAUCAAAAACAAGAAUAUAUACAGAUUUUUACUUUAUUUGCAUAAUUUAUUGAGAUCAUGGAAUGUGACAUUUUUAUGGAUUGUUUUAGCACAGAGUAUCACAUGCUGGAUAUAGACAGGGGUUGCCGUAGGACAGCUAUUGCUCGCAGCUGAUGAGAAAGAGCCCUACGUUGGGAGUUUCAUACAGCUGGCCUAUCAUGCAGCUGUUAAUAGCUUUCCUAUGAAAAUGCUGUUCCUUUGAAACUUCAGGCUCUUCUAUAUCUGUUAGAUGUCUUCUUCCACCCAGGUAUUUUCUGCAGAACAGCCGCUGGUGCCAUACUCAGUUUUUUGCCAGUCCUUCAAACCAAAGACAUUUCCAGUGCUGCCAAGGUCUUAUUUCAGGGAAAGGUGAAAGACUGCUGCUAAGCCUAAUAAAGACAUUUGUUUUGAGGUUUUCAUGUGAUCUUGGAUAAAAAUAGUUUUAUAAAUGGAAGACACAUGCCUGAGCAGCACAGGCGAGGGAGAUAUUUAUGCAAAAGCUGUACUUGUGAUUGUGUUUUCAUAGAGUCAUCUAAUCUAGCAGUUGUGUGAAACAAAGGGACAAGGCCUGAUUUCAAAUGUGCAUUAUCUUUUGGCUAGGAAUCCUGGGGAUUUUUAAAGGGGAAGUCAUGACAAACUUCAUUGCAGGCAAUCUAAGCAGUAUCCUCUUUCAACUAACUGUUUAGCGGCCAAGGGAAAUUUGCUUGUUUUGCUGUAUAAAACCUCGGACUGGGAACCAGAGGCAGUCAGACAGGGCCUGUGUAACAUAAGGACCUGCUCACAUUCCAGAAAUGUUCGCUUCAAAAAAUGCACUUCCUAGGAUAGCUGAACAAUUUGACCAAUGUGUUGUGCUGCAAAAAGAAUGUGUACUUCUGUUGUGUCAUGCUUCCAAUCACCUGUUCUUAGCCUUUAAAAGAGGUAAAAUGUAUCCCUCCUCUUUCCAGCCAAGAGUCAUUUACGACAGGCACGUUGACACCGUCUUAGGGUAGCCAGCUGUUUUCGUCUCUGCAUAGUUGAGGAUUGCUACCAUCCCUCAGCUUUUUACAGGGCUACAGAUGUUUACUUAAAUCACAAGCUGGCAGCCUACCAGCUUGACAUGUUCAUUAACAGCCAACAUGCUUCCAGUGGACCUGCAGCAGUAUAUCUGAAGCAGAAUGCAGUCGUCAUGUGAAUAAAAUGUAGCAAAGGUAAGAGUUCUUUCCUUGUAGCAGUGAUAAGGUGUAAAUGUAGCUUCUCUGCUCUGUUUAAGGCAGGCAUGACCCUGACCACUGGUCCUGUUAGCUAGGGAUGAUGGGAGUUGUUGUCCCAAAACAGCUGGAGGGCCAAGUUUGGCCAUGCCUGGUUUAAGGCUUCCACAAUGCUACUUUUAAGACUGGAUGCUGUUUUCUGAGGGGAGAAUCCAGGAUUUAAGGAAGUACGUAGUGUGAGUUGUUCCUUUCAGGUAACAGAGGCUCAAAAAACCUGCAGUGAUUCUCUCCCCCAGCCCCUUUAUCUCACCUGCCAACAUGUUUGAAGGACUUGAAGAGAGGCCUGAAAUGUUUGUUGUCCUGAAACAUGCCCACCCUCAGCCCAAACUGUGGUCUGUGUAUCCUGUGACUUGGCAAAUGCCUGGCAGCAGGCUUUCCCUCCACCUGUCUCCAAUAAUGUGAUUAUGUUGGCUGGGCUCCCCCUUUGUAUGAUACACUCCAGAACCCAGACCCAGAGCCUCUGAUUAAGCCUAAGAAAUAAGCCAAAGCAUUACUUGUAUGGUCAGCAAUGCACUUUUACAAAUGUGUGUAUAUCAUUCCCUAUUUGUUAUGCUUUUUACAUCAUGUAAACAAAUGAUGGUGCCUCUUAUCUUUUUUAUUUAUGCUGUAUUUGUUGAUUUUUAUAGAUAUGUAUAGCAACUGUUAUGGGAUGGGAAAGAAAUUGACACCUUCAUGAAUUUUAAAAGUGGGGAGAGAAGCAGCUGGUUUUGCAGAAAAUUUGAAUAUAGUUUUAUAACAAAAUGUGUUAAGCCAAAAUACCUCUUUGUUUCCUCAUGCACCCAUUGGGGCAGUGGGAAUGUUGAAUUCGUUUCAUAGAAAUAGCAUAGAUCCCAAUAAUAAAAUAUCCGGAAUGGGUUGUUUUAUGAGCAAUCUAUCCAUAGGCUUUGUCCAGGAGUCCUGGUUAGGUUUAUUACAAAUCUGAUUAAACUGUUGCAGCGCACAGUGUCACCAGUGUAAAUCUUACUUAAGUUACUGGAUGGGAACAUCCAUUUGCAUAACCUUUAUUGGAUGUCUUCAACCUGGAUUUGACAUUGACUUGUUGCAUAUGGAUUGAUUUACUACUCAAAACAAUUUAGAAGGAUUGAUUUGUCCCUAAAAUUGCAGCUAAAUCAAUUACCAAAAAAUGGCCAGUAACUUACCCCCCCUUCAGCCAUUUCCAGUAAGAAAGUACCGUAAAUUCCUUCUGUAGUAUAAAGCCCCAUUAAUCUGUUCAUACUCAUUUUCAAGCACUUUGUGCCCCCUGAUACUUUCAUUUGCACUUUCGCUUUCAGUAAGUUUCUUGUCCCCAUGGGUGCAGAUGAGAAAACAGGUUGCUGAAGGAUAAAUUGCAAAUUUUCCCAGAUGGAACUGUAACCAUAUGUGAGGAAAGAAAAUAACGGUGUUUUGGGCUUGGCGUGACGAUUCUGUAUCCUCCAGGUUCACCCUCUUAAUGUUCUGCUAAACAGGAUUAUUCUGUCUUGGUUACUGUGGGUGUGAAUGAUUCAAACACAUCUUAAAAUAGCUUUUUGCAUUGGAGAAAGCUACCCUUGCCAGACAGCUUUUAUUUCUUCUCUUAUUGGCCUUUAGAAGAACAGCUGCAUUCCUGGGUAUGGGGGGCUGUUCGAAUAUCUGAUUUCAGGGUAAAGUUUUAGAGAAGAAUAUACCUUUAUUACAUUAUAGUCCAAAGCAGUUGAAAGGAAGUCCCACUGACUAUUGCAGUUUGCUUCUACCAAGAUUGCUGCCUCUACAGCACAGCAGCAUGAUUAUGAAAUUGCUAUGUGGAAACUAGAAGAUUGCACAUUUUGCUUCUCAAUCUGCUGAUCUGUAAUCCAGAGUAUUACCUAUAGAUUUAAAUUGUCUGUAUUGGAAUAAGUGGUUUGAUUUAUUGAAACCUAAAUGGGGGGAACUUAAGUAUUUUUAACAAGUGGACCAUGUGUGCCUCAUAAGCCAGCAGUAGCAUUGUGAAGUUUAUCAACUGAACCUGGAGUGUACAGAAGACCUUGAACCACUUGUGUCUUUCUGUUUUUAUAAAUAUCUAUACUGACCGGGGCUUGCAGUGCAAAGCCGGGCCAAAGUAUAACUUUUAUUUACAAUAAAAUAACAUUUUUGGCUAGUAC